AUGCUUGUGGCUUUGAAUCGACAUGACACUCAUCUACUGGCACAAAUGCUGUUUCUUCUCGUGCUCCUUGCUUCCUUCCUUAACCUGACGCAGGGAUGCGCUUCAUCAGUUGACCCCGCGCUGCUGACGGUUCAACCUGUACCAGCAAACCGUCCCAUCCCUAAGCAGUCCCAAGUACCCGUUAAUCCUGACUUCGGCAAAGAUAAUCGAGACAAUACUCGUGAAAAUACUACCGAAUCUACUAACCAAGGAGUUAGUUCGGGAAAUUCUACAGCAACGCCUAGAACUACUCCAAGAAGAAGAAGACGUGAAGUGAAACACUCAGAGGUGACGGUGGUCUUUAAUCUAAACUACGACCCGACAACAAAGAAAACAAAUUUACAGAAGUUAAGGUCUCUGAGAACUAAGCUGGAUGAGUAUGCUGAAGCAAACGUUGUUAGGGAGAAUGUAACAGAGGAAAACGGGAAGUUCGCUAUCGUUUACACUGUAUUGGGUGUUGACUGUGGAAAGGUGCAUCAAAUUAUUCGAAACGAGGAAAGUAUAAUGAAUUUCAUCACCGAUGUGAAAUGUUCAGACAAGCAGGAGAUCAAAACAUUUUAA